GAAAUGGAUUGGUUCUUAGGCAUCCUUUUUGGCGGAAAAAAUGAAUUUAGAUGAGAGCAUUGAACAGAUAUCGUCUAUGUGUCCAUCUUUUACUUAUGAUGAAAUCAAAAGCGACUUGUCUGUAAAAAAUGAUGUUGAACUGACAGUGAAUCGAUUACUUGAUAAGUCCAUAACAAAUGGAGCUGAUGUAAAAUCAGCAAUGGAUUUCAGCAGUGAUGACGAAGAAUUACCACAAAUAUACAAACCCUCCAGUUUAUCUGCCAGGGCUACUACAAACCAGACAGGUCCACCAUCAACAAAUAAAAGCUCCCUGCAGGUUUCCAUUAUUAUAGACAGCGAUGAAGAUGUUGAAGUUACCGGUACCCGUGGACCAUCCAGUGGACUCGGGCAAGUGAAUCAUAGCAUGUCGGAAAGCUCAGAAGAUGAAAUCUGUUUGCCAUCACUUAGAGACAGAAUAUUAAGUAGUGUGUCCAGUAGUAAAUCCAUUUCAUCAUCAGAAACAAUCACAUCUAUGAAACAAAAACUUUUAUCUGAAAAUAAAUGUGACAGAACUGCCAUUAAUCAUCUAAACUCAGGAAGCAUGUACAGUAAAGGUCUCUCUUCCAUUAAUGGAUAUUCAAGUUCAUUAGCAUGUUCCGAGGAAACUGUUUUCAGUGAUGGAUCAAUUAGCACAAACAAUUUUGAUUCCAAUUUGGACUUGACCAAAAAAAAAAGAACAAGGGAGGAAAUUGCAGCCUUAAAAAAUGAAGCCAAGAUGCGGAAAAUGAAUAACAAGAAAGCUAGAGAAGAAAAGGCAUUGUCAAAAGAGCUAGAAAAGCAAAGAAAAGAACAGAUACGCAUUGCUGAAAGCGAAAGAAAGAAACAAAUGGGAGGAUCUAAGGACUGUUUGCAGUACUUGAUUUUGAUGUUGGAUACCCGAAUUGUGAACUCUGGAGGGCAUGGAGUGGCCAUAUUUAAGGCUUGUGAAGCACUGGGGAUACAGUACAUCACUAAAGAACAGACUGUACCAUUCAGUAUCACAUGGAACAGACAAGUCACCAGUAUUAAUGUAUCCAUGGAAAAUCAGGUUGAAACUGUGAAAUCCGAGCAGACGGAGGAAGAUGUCCUUGUGUUACUCCCAGUCGCUGACUUUGUUAAUUUUGUACAGAAUCAUAAAAAGUGUGGCAGUGAAUUAGGAGGCGAACCAACUCUAACAAAUUAUGUACAGACUGUCAAACAGCAUUUACCUAAUUCUAUUUUAUCAUUUGUCGUCAUAGGGAUGGAAAAAUAUUUUAGGGAUCAGAAAACUAAGGUACAAAGGAAGCACAGAGCAGCAGUGUUAUCCAGUGUGAGGGUGACUCCGUGUACAGACAGUGACCAGGGGAGUGUUCAUCGUCUGGAUGUCGAAGAGGCCAUUACAGACAACCAGCUUCAGACAGAUGUGAUGGUGUAUUUGUUGGAGACCUCAGAGGAACUGGCAGAGUUUGUACGCACCUUCUCCAAGGCCGUAGCAGAGAAACCUGCAAAGAAAGAUCGAUUACAGACAGCUUUCUUUGAUGAUGGUGUAUCUACAGUGAAAGUUGACAAGAAUGGACAAGGUCUUCUGAAGGUUUGGAAGCAACAGCUGCUGCAGUUUAAGAACAUCAGUCCUGACAUUGCUGAUGCUAUUGUACAGGCCUACCCUUCCCCUCACUCACUGAUGGAGGCAUACAGAAAAUGCAAUGAUUCAAAUGAACAAGAAAAAUUAUUGGAAAAUAUUGUGGUAAGACGAGGAGCUGGUGUGUUGGAGACGUCACGCAGAGUGGGGAAGGAGAUGUCACGGAGAAUCUGCACUUUCAUGACCAGUUCUAAUCCUAACGAAGUUAUCAACUGACUGCAGCUUGUUUUUGCAGCAAUCCUCUCUUGUUUUAAUUAUGUCUCCUCUUUCAAAGGGGAGACAUAUUGUUUUUGUCGAUUUUCUUAUUCUUAUUCUUCAUAUUCUUCUUAUUCUUCUUCAUCCAAAUUUGUCCAGGCCGUAACUUAAAUACCCUUUGACAUUAAGACUUCAAAUUUGGAACAUAAGUAGAUGGUAUUGAGAAGGAGUGCACGCCACCAAAAGUUUUGACCUUGACCUAUUUUGUUUUUCAAGGUCAAGCUUUUCAUAAAAAACAUUGUUCGGACCAUAACACAAGACUCCUUUAACUUACAGACUUUUAACUUGUAUCAUAGAUAGAUGGUAUAUAACCUAGUUGAACCUUACCAAAAAUUUUGACCUUGACCUAGAAUUAUUAUUUCAAGGUCAUAUUAGAAAAAACUUCAUUGUUCAACUUCUGAAUAUACUUUGACAGAAGGACUUCAAACUUUAAACAAAGAACAAUAAUAAUACACUUAGGUGUACUAUUGAAUAAUAUUUGACCUUGACCUUGUUUUACUCAAGGUCAAAUUAAGAAAAAAAUUAUAAAAUUUUGUCUGGGUCAUAACUUUAAUACCCUUUGACAUUAAGACUUCAAACUUAGAACAUAGGUAGAUGGUAUUGAGAAGGAGUGCACACUUCCAAAAGUUUUGACCUUGACUUAUUUUGCUCCUCAAGGUCAAGCUUUUUAUAAAAAAUAUUGUCCGGACCAUAACACAAGACUCUUUUAACAUACAGACUUUUAACUUGUAUCAUAGAUAGAUGGUAUAUAACCUAGUUGAACCUUACCAAAAAUUUUGACCUUGACCUAGAAUUUUUAUUUCAAGGUCAUAUUAGAAAAAACUUCAUUGUUCAACUCCUGAAUAUACUUUAACAGAAGGACUUCAAACUUUGAACAAAGAACAAUAAUAAUACACUUAGGUGUACUAUUGAAUAAUAUUUGACCUUGACCUUGUUUUACUCAAGGUCAAAUUAAGAAAAAAAUAAUAAAAUUUUUGUCUGGAUCAUAACUUUAAUACCCUUUGACUUUAAGACUUCAAACUUGAAAAUAAGGUAGAUGGUAAUGAGAAGGAGUGCACGUCACCAAAAGUUUUGAUCUUGACCUAUUUUGCUCUUCAAGGUAAAUCUUUUCAUAAAAAAUAUUGUUCAGACCAUAACACAUGACUCCUUUAACAUACAGACUUUUAACUUGUAUCAUAGAUAGAUGGUAUAUAACCUAGUUGAAUCUUACCAAAAAAAUUGACCUUGACCUAAAAUUUUUAUUUCAAGGUCAAAUUAGAAAAAAACUUCAUUGUUCAACUCCUGAAUAUACUUUGACAGAAGGACUUCAAACUUUGAACAAAGAACAAUAAUAAUACACUUAGGUGUACUAUUGAUUUAUAUAUGACCUUGACCAUAUUUUACUCAAGGUCAAAUUAAUUUUGUCUAAGUCUGGGUAACAUAUAGCUGACAUCAUUCUUUUUCAAUUGUUAAAUUUGCCCCAUAUAACAAUCCUUGGGGAGAAGGGGAGACAUGUGUUUUUUUUAUAAAAAAAACAAUACCCACUAGUUACCUGUUGUUAUUAUUAUUAAAGGGUGUAUUUUAAAAAAUCAUUUGAACAAUUAAUUGUGUUUUAUCCUUCACUAUGUCAGUGCAUUUGACUUGUAGAGUCAAUGAAAUUUUGUAUUUGUCUUUGUUGAUUAAACACAAUUUACUAGUAUUCAAAAGUGACCAGUCAUGAGUAACUUUUAGAAGAAACCAUUUUAGAAUAAGAUUACUUGAACGAUCACGUGCAUUAAGGUUUCCAGUUUAGAAGCUUGAUUAUUUGGUAAAUUGAAAAAAACUUGCAAUGUAUUUAAAAUAGAUUUUUCCUUGCAUCACAGACAAUAAAUUGAGAACAAUAAAGUAAAAAGUUAGAUUUA